AUGUUUAUAAAUCGAACUCCAUUAAAGAAGACAACAGCUAAUCGUGACGCUGUACUCAAUCGUGAAACUGGUUCUCCAGUUGAAGUAUUUUGUCGACUUCGUCCCCUACCAGAAGGUGAAUGUGAAACAUGUAUCAAAGUGUUAAGUGCUACUGAACUUGUACUUUUCUCACCUGAAGGUUUCAAAAAUGGCGUUGUCAAAGAAUCUCAUUAUGAAUUUAGUCAUAUCCUUACUGAUUGUAUAUCACAAAAAGCCGCGUUCAAAGAAUUAUGUUUACCAUUGAUUGAUGAUUUAAUACAAGGAAAAAGCAGUGUAUUGUUUACAUAUGGUAUCACUGGUUCUGGAAAAACCUUUACAAUGAUGGGACCAUUGAACAAUCCCGGACUAAUUCCACGUUCGUUUGAUUUGUUACGUUCUGAUAGACAAAAUGGUUAUGAAAUUUUAAGUGAAUCUGACAUAGUAACAGAACGAUCACGAAAAGAAAUAUUUUCCAAAGGUCAACGGAUAAAAGCACCACAAUCUAAACAGUUACGUGAAGAUGCUCGAGGACGUCCAUAUAUCAAAGAUGUGAAAGAAAUUGAAGUUCGAUCGGCAGAAGAAGCCAUUGAAUUGCUCAAUAUUGGUUUAAAACGACGUCGAAUAGCACAUACACAGUUAAAUACAGAAUCGAGUCGAUCACACAGUGUUUUAUCGUUACGCCUCGUACAGUUUCACGCUGAUAUACCACCAACAUCAUUAACACGAGACGAUUUAACAGUUAGUCAAAUACAUUUAGUUGAUUUAGCCGGUAGUGAACGUGUCAAUCGUGCAAAAACAGCUGGUGAUCGUGUCAAAGAAGCCAGUAAUAUUAACUCAUCUUUGAUGGUCUUACGUCAGUGUUUUGAAACAUUAAGAGAAAAUCAAGCUCAAGGAAUAAAUAAAAUGGUUCCUUAUCGUGAUGCAAAAUUAACAUCGUUUUUCAAAAGUUAUUUUGAUGGUGAGGGUAAAAUUCGUAUGAUAUUGUGUGUCAAUCCGGCUGUUGAUGGCUACGAAGAAAUACAACAUGCAUUAAAAUUUGGCGAUUUAACAAAAGAUGUUGUUGUUCCUCGAGCACCAGCACCCGUACCACUUCGAAAUCGAAAUAUACUGCGCGAAAUAGUGAAUAGUGGUUCCGAUACUGUUUCUAAUCAAGCACCAUCUCCAACAAUUUUUCAAGAAUUUUAUUCAACAGCAUUAGUUGCUCCGUUUCCACCAUUUGAAUAUUCAAUUGAAACGGAUGAAGACACAAUUAAUAAUCUACAAAAUCAUUUAACAAAACGAAUUGAAGAACGUCGUCGUUUGACUGCCAUUAUACAUGAACAAGAAGAAUAUUUACGAAAAUAUAUCUUAGAACUAUCAACAGAAUAUGAUCAAUAUUUGGCUGAACAUGAUGAGUUAAAAAAAGAAAAUGAACAACAAUCUAAAACAAUUAAACAUUUGCAAACGCGUAUUAAAUUACUUGAAAAAUCACAAAAUGAUUAUGUCAAAACAAAUAGUAAUUAUGAGCGAGAUAUUAAAACAUUGAAAAGUCAGAUCGAAGAAAGAAAUAAUGAAAUUAAACAAUUAAAAGCUGAUAGACGAAAAGAUAAAAAUGAUUUUGAAAAUAAAAUACGUGUAAAAAUGAUGGAUGUUGAACAACAACAUUUGAAUGAAUUACGAAAUAAAGACUUGCAAAUGAAAGAAUUAGAACGUCAACAUGAAGAUAAAUUAAAUAUUAUAAGAUCAAUGGCCGGUGGUAUGAGUGAUCAACCGACAUCGUUGACCACUACUCGUAUAGCACAUGCUGAAUUUGCACAAAUUCAAACAAAUGUUCAAGUGUUUGAUAUCGAAAAUAACAAUCCUCCAGCAGCAGGUCAAUCACUUGAUAUGAUGGAUCGAAUACAACAUCAUCGUGUCGAAAUGAUGAUACCGCGUGGAAUACCGAUUGAACAAAUUCCUAUUGUUUAUAGCGAUUCUCAAGGGCAAGUUGUUGCACAUCCAAGACAACAACAUCGACGUUCAAGAUCCAGUGGUGAAGUGUGGUUUGAUCAUAGACCACAAGGAACAUUAACAACAGAAACUCUUCUUCAACCACAAUUUAGUAAGAAAGUGAUUGGACUACAACCCGAAAAAGAUGAUAUUGUUCGAACAACAAAAUAUGUAUUGACACAUCAAAAUUUAGAUAGUGAUGGUGAAAUUGUUACGGAUUUAGUUAAAGGCGAUGUGUUACAGUCUGUUGGAGGCGGUGCCAAUGUUAUUUUUAACGAUGUUGAACGACUGACGUGUAAAUCACCGCCAAAUCCCUUAGUAAUCCAAAAACGUGCUAAAAGUGAAGAACGCUUAUUACAAGAAACACGUACACCGAAAUCACCUUCACGUCAGCCACCAGAAGUUCCACCAAAACGAUUUCGUAUUUAA